AUGGUCCGCUUAGGGUGUGCAGAACUUGACAAAGAACUCCCAGUGCUCAAGCCAUAUUUUAUCAAUGACCCUGAAGAAGCUGGAGUGCGGGAGGCUGGUUUAAGGGUCACUUGGCUGGGACAUGCAACACUGAUGGUGGAAAUGGAUGAGCUCAUACUCCUUACAGACCCUAUCUUUAGCUCUCGUGCUUCUCCAUCACAGUACAUGGGUCCGAAGCGGUUUCGUCGCCCCCCAUGCACAAUAAAUGAACUGCCCUCAAUAGAUGCCGUCCUUAUCAGUCACAAUCACUAUGACCACCUGGACUACAAUUCUGUCGUCGCUUUGAAUGAGCGAUUCGGUAACGAGUUGAGAUGGUUUGUGCCUUUGGGUCUCCUCGAUUGGAUGCAGAAAUGUGGCUGUGAAAACGUGAUUGAGCUGGACUGGUGGGAGGAGAAUUGUGUCCCUGGCCAUGAUAAGGUCACUUUUGUCUUUACACCUUCCCAGCACUGGUGUAAGAGGACCCUAAUGGAUGACAACAAGGUUCUGUGGGGCAGCUGGUCCGUCUUGGGGCCUUGGAAUCGAUUCUUCUUUGCAGGAGAUACUGGUUAUUGUCCUGCUUUUGAAGAGAUAGGGAAAAGAUUUGGACCUUUUGACCUUGCAGCUAUUCCCAUUGGUGCUUACGAACCAAGGUGGUUUAUGAAAUACCAGCAUGUAAACCCAGAAGAUGCCGUAAGGAUUCACAUUGAUGUUCAAGCAAAGAAAUCUGUGGCAAUUCACUGGGGAACUUUUGCCUUAGCAAAUGAGCAUUACUUAGAGCCUCCAGUGAAACUGAGUGAAGCUCUAGAAAGAUAUGGACUUAAGGCCGAAGAUUUUUUUGUUCUAAAGCAUGGAGAAUCAAGAUUCUUAAAUACUGAUGAUAAAACUUUGAAUAAAUAUGAACCCAGGAGCUCUUAAUGAAAAAAGAAGCAUCAUUUGACAUAAAUUUGAAAACAAAUGGAAAGACUAAGAAAUUCAUGAAUAUUGUUACUUUUUACAUUUGGAAAAAACUUCUGCAAGUGUGUGUUUUAUGUUUCGUGUAAUAACUUGCUUUGCUGUUAUGAUGAUCAGCUUAUGUAAACUAUGAAAGAGAGUUCAGGAGUUGGCCAAUGUGGAUUUAAAAAAAAACUUAUACCAGUGGUAGAAGCAUUGCAAUAACUUUUUAACUGCAGCAUUAUACUUUAGUAUUAGAAGAAUUUUCCAAGGUUAUAAAAAACUGGUAUUAAAGAUCCA